GAUGGGUGUCAAUAAUCUCUGGUUUAUUUUAGAACCAGCCAAGAGAACGGAAAACCUCUCUGCCCUCCGCAACAAGACGCUCUGUGUGGACUUAAGUGGGUGGAUUUGUGAGGCUCAAUGUGCAAAAGGUUUGAAAAACAACGUAAAUAAACCGCACUUGCGAAAUCUUUUCUUCCGAUUGCUUCACUUGACUCGACUUGGAGUCAAGUUGGUGUUUGUUGUUGAUGGAAAACCGCCUGAACUGAAAUGGGAUGCGAUCGCCAAGCGAGUUCAAGCGAGAGAUGGCGGGCAGUUCUGCAAGGUCAAGAAACCUGCUAAAGCUAGCGCUGGCUCGGGGGCUCGUGUCGGUCGAUCGCAGUUUGCGAUUUGGGUCAGAGAGUGCCGGAAGUUGUUGAACCUACUAGGGGUGCCAUGUCUUGAGAGUGAGGGUGAAGCUGAAGCACUUUGUGCAUGGCUUGAUCUCCAUCAGAUUGUGGAUGGGUGUAUAACCAAUGAUGGAGAUGCAUUUUUGUAUGGAGCUAGAACAGUGUACAGAGAUCUUUGUAUCAGUGGAAAGGGUGGAUCAGUAGAAUGUUACAAAAUGGAAGAGAUUGAAGCCAAACUUGAUCUCAACAGACAGAAGCUGGUUGCACUUGGCAUACUUCUAGGAUGUGAUUACCUUCCACAAGGCGUAUCAGGAGUAGGAAAGGAAAUUGCCAUGAAGCUAAUUAAGAGUGUCAAUCACAAAAACCUACUUGACAGGUUCUAUGAAUGGACAAAGGUUUCAGACCAUGAUGAAAUUCUUUCAAGCGUGGAGAAGCUUGUGAAAUGCAAAGCUCUAAAAGACAAGAACUUCCCACAUCCAGAGGUUAUUCAGGAAUUUCUGUCACCAAAAGUUGUCCCUCAGCAAGUUUCCUUAAAGAUCUUCAAUCCAGAUCUAAGAGGCUUGCAGGAAUUCUGCCUCAAGCACUUGGAGUGGCCUGAGGAAUAUAUCACAGAAAAGGUUCUUCUAUUGAUCACCUUUUGGCAAAUGACAUCAUCGCUAGAGAAUCACACAAUGAUACUCAUUCAACCAGAAAGGAUUGUAAAAUCUCGUGUCCAACAGAGGAUUGAAUGUUAUGAAGUUGAAUGGAAAAACCUUAAACUUGGAGAAACAUGUCCAGUUUCUUUUGUGACCAUUGAGAGAAGAGAGCUUUUUACUCAAGCAUAUCCUGAGGUUGUUGAAGAAUUCCACAAGAAUGAAGCAGCAAAACUGUCCAAAAAAACAAAAAAGAAGAAAGCCACUACAUCUGUGUCCUCUUCAGACUAUCUUGAAAAUGAAGUGGAGUUUCUAUCAAGGCAGCUUGAAGAUUUAAGUGUGGGUCAUUCUCAACAAUUGCAAAGUUCUGUGCCAAAAAAUGAAAGUUGUUCUAGCAGUUUAUUUGGCGAUGUCUCCACUAAUGAUUCCUCUCAAGAUGUUAUUGACUCUGUACUUCCAACAUUCAAUGGUUACUCACUACAUCCACCAAGGAUGAAACUCUCACUUGUCAAUAGUGGUCAUCCUGAUAGUGAUGAUGAUGGAUAUCAUGAUGACAGUGAUGACAGUGAUGACAAUGAUGAUGAUGAUGACAUAAAAGAGUGCAAUGUGAAUAUACCUGGGGAUCCCAAUUUAUUACAGAGGGAAUUAGCUCCAGAUAAUCUUGAUUCUGAAUAUGGGUGUGGAGUUGAUGGCAGUUAUGAGGGGAUAUCAAAAUCUUUGAUGUUAAGAGAUGUUCAAGCAACCCAGUGUCAUCUUCAAGUUGAUUUUUCCAUUGAGAAUCAUGACAUGACAGAUAAGAAAAUUUCCAAUGUUAAAACAAAUGAAUAUCCAAGGAAAAGACAUGAAGCAAGGACAGUGGAGGAGGUUAAAUCCAUUUCAGAAAGUACAACUCAAAAUGACUUUAAGUCCAGAAAUAUAAAUGAACAUGGAAAGAAAUUUAUGUUAGUAAAUAAUAUAAAAAAAUCAAAGCAAAUGACAGUCUUAAGCGAGGCUGAUGUUAUUGAAAUUUUUGGGUCCAGUGAUGAGGAUGAUGAUAGCAAAUCAUUUUUGUCAAAGCAGGUCUCUUCAAAAUUCACGGAAAAGACAUUGAAAGGAAGUGUAAGUAAGAUCAAGUCAAGAAAUGAAAUUCCUGGUUUUGUCACUGAGUCCUCAGAGAUGAAAAGCUUACUGGGACCAGUCCAUUAUGCAAAUUCAGACUUUUUAGGCCAAACUCAUCAGCACAAUUUCCCUGAGGAAUAUAGUUUUAGGACAAAUGAGUGUGUGCCAGGUAGUUUGCAAGAGUUUUUGAGGGAUCAUUCAAGGGCUUUCUUAAGUAAAGAUGACAUGAAGUAUGUAAAUGACACAGAGAAAAGCAAGAAGGAACUACUAGAAUCCAAAGGGCAAGUUCUUAAGCCACAAAAUAAUGGCCUAAUCAGUGCACCUCAGAGUUCAAAUUGUAAAUCCAAAACAGCUGUGAAAUCUGAUGGUUUCUCUGAUGUUUACUCAGCUGGUAGAUGUGAAGAAGUUCAAGGAGAUAAGUAUGGGAAAGAAAAUGUUGAUUCACCAUUUGAUGAUUUUAUGCCUGCUCCUCUGUCAAAACGACUGGCAAAGCAGCUGAGAGGCAAACAAAGACUUGCUAGUCUUCAUUCCAUUUCAUCUGUUACAGAUGAUAAAUGAACCAAAAAAAGGAGUCUUAGACACAGAGAAAUGCUAAUAAUGGUUCUAAAAUAUAUCAAGUUUAUUUUUUACU